AUGCAGCAACCCCCUCAACCCGCUUCAACAUCCUCAUCAGCUCACCCACCUCCAUCCUCCCAUCCUCCCUCAAGCUCCUCCACGCCCUCCCGCUCGCCGCCCAAGAACGUCGUAGUCACAGAAAAAGGGAGGGCGCCUUGGUAUUCGAAAGAUGGCAAGCCCGCGCCGGCGUAUAUCAUCGGUAUCGGCGGCGGCUCAGCCUCAGGAAAGACACGAGUAGCGAUGCAAGUACUCAAGUCGCUCGGCGUCCCUUGGGUGUUGGUGAUCAGCCAGGACAACUUUUACAAGAGUUUGACGCCCGAGGAGUCGCAGAACGCUUUCAACAAUAAUCACGAUUUCGACUCGCCCGACUCUUUCGACUACGACAAGCUUGUCGACUGUAUCCGCGAGAUGAAGGAAUGCCGGGCGACGCACAUCCCGAACUAUAGCUUUGUCAAGCACGCCCGGCUAGACGAGACGACCUACCUGUACGGCGCCAACGUCGUCAUCGUCGAAGGCAUCUUUGUCCUGUACGACAAAAACCUGCGCGACCUGCUCGACUUGCGGGUGUUCGUCCAGUGCGACUCGGACCUCAUGCUUGCGCGGCGGUUGAGGCGCGACCUCGUUGAGCGGGGGAGGGACGUCAAUGGCGUGCUCGAUCAGUACCUCCGCUUCGUCAAGCCUGCGCUCGACAACUUUAUCCAGCCGACGAACCGUUUUGCCGACAUCAUCGUCCCCGGCCACAACAACGAGCGGUCGAUCGACCUCAUCGUCUCGCAUGUCCAGCGCCAACUCGCAGAGCGGAAGCGGCAGUUCCGAGGCGAGCUGUACAAGGAGACGGUGUCGAAUGGGAUGGGCAGCGUACCUCCGACGCCGUCGGUCGAGAAGAGCGAGGCCGAGUCGGGUUUGGCGUUGAUCAAGGAGCAGUGUGGCGUGAGCGAGGGGACGGAGCUGCCCGACACGGUGCACAUGCUGAGACAGACGCCGCAGAUGAGGGGCAUCCACACUCUCCUCCGCUCGACCGAAACCGACCCCGAAGACUUCAUCUUCCUCGCGAAUCGCCUAUCUACCCUAGUCGCCGAACACGCCCUCUCCCUCCUCCCCUACCGCGAAAAGCCUAUCGAAACGCGAACAGGCACCGAACACGUCGGCAUGGAGCUCGCUAUCCCCGACGGCCACCUCUGCGGCGUUUCCAUCCUCCGCUCCGGCGCCUCGCUCGAGAAGGGCUUGCGACGAGUCGUGCGGGACGUACCGGUCGGCAGCGUGCUCAUCCAGAGCGACGUCAAGACCGGCGAGCCGCUGCUGUACCAAGUCUCGCUCCCGCAGUGCUUGACGGCAUCGCUCGAGUCCGCCGCGUCGAGCUACGUCCUCCUGCUCGACUCGCAGAUUGGCACGGGUGCUGCGGCCUUGAUGGCUGUACGCAUUUUGCUCGACCACGGCGUCAAGGAGGAGAACAUCAUCUUCUGCUGCAUCCUCGUCUCGAAGGUCGGCGGCGUCUGGGCGCUCAAGCGGGCGUUCCCCAAGGUCCGCAUCGCUUGCAGUGCGGCAGACGAUGGCCUCGAGGAGCGAGUGGAGAAGACGCACGGCGGCGAGAAAAAGAUCUUCACCAUCCUCCCCGGCCUCGGUUCCUUUGGCGACAGGUUCUUCCGCUCCGAGCACUCCGACUAUGCCUAG